AUAAGAACUGCUAUUAAUACAACGCAACAGAGUCGAAUCAUGUCGGAUAUUUGGUGUAAUACCCACGUUUCCAUGAGAACACACCCAGAGAAAUGAAACAGUUAGAAUAAGGUGCAGCGGAUUAUUGACGCAAGGGUAUGCAGAUUGUAUCACAAGCAUAAUUUAUAUAUGGAGGAUCAAACAGAUGUGCCGUAACAGUGUGUCAUGAAUCACAGUUACACACGGUGCCAGAGCAUCUAGCAGCUUAAGGCUUUUGUUUUAUUGUGAACCACACCUGACUCUGCACUGAGUAGACCUCUUGAUAAGACCAAUAACCUUUCAUAUGACUAAUCACGCUGCUUUUUUUUUUGUUAUCAGACUCUUAUAGACUCCAUAAGCGGCCUCUCUGCAUCACUUCACUUCACUCUGACACAGAGCAGCGCUCCGACACAUCGACUUCCAAAAACAUUCCACUUCCACGUCCGAGAUAAGCAAUAUCAUUCCCGUUUUUAUCCAGAUGGAGGUCUCCACGAAGCGCUGGUUUGCAUGGACGGCUCUCUGCAUCGCUGUGUUAGUGAUGUCAGCCUCUGCUGAAAGUGCAAAUCUGGAGACAUCACAGAAGCUGGCCGCUGAUUAUGAGUUCGAUUAUUACUUCACCAUUGAGAUCAUGAACCGCAUCUACAACGAUUCCCUCACCGACCCCGAUUCUCCUUAUUAUAAGAUGAUGUACAGUGAAGUUAGCGGCGCAUUCUACUCUGUCUUUGGCUGCUCCAGCUGUGCCAAUAGUGCAGCUUAUCAUGGUGUGACAUCCAUGAGUUUCAGAAAGGGAUCAGUGAUUGCAGACACCACCAUUGCGUUCAAAGGUACUCCGACCAAUCCCGUUUUGCUCAGAUUUGUUUUUCUGGAUGGCCUCAACAGCAAUAAUGAAAUUAAUGGCCUUCAAAUCAACCCUGAUACCAUACAGGACUCUUAUGUAACAACCACAACACCAACAACCAAGACAACACUGACAACAACAACUACUACCACAUCUCCCACCACAACAAUAACCACCACAACACCGACAACAACCACUACCACUACAAACAACACCAACAACAAUCACCACCACAACCACAACACCAACAACCAACACAAUACCAACAACCACCACAACACCAACAACAACAAUCACUACCACAACCACAACACCAACAACCACCACAACACCAACAACAACAAUCACUACCACAACCACCACAACACCAACAACCACCACAACACCAACAACAACAAUCACUACCACAACCACAACACCAACAACCACCACAACACCAACAACAACAAUCACUACCACAACCACCACAACACCAACAACCACCACAUCACCAACAACAACAGUCACUACCACAACCACAAGACCAACAACCACCACAAUACCGACAACAACCACAACACCAGCCACACCAACAAAAACCACCACCACAACUACCACACCAAACACAACCACCACAAAACAGAAAACAACCACAGCAACUAG